AUGGGCUGCCUGCAGGAAACUGAAAGGGUGUUCGUCAAACUAGCGUUGAAAAAUCUUUAUGCCUCUUUCCAACCCAAAGAUGACCUGGUCGUGUACCUGGUGGCAUAUUUCAUUCACGGUGACCGCGAACUUAAAAAAAUCAUAAUGAAUUCUCUGAAGUCGAUGGGAAUGAAAGACUGCAGUUAUUAUUUGAGCAGAGAACUGGACACAUGGGACGUUUCUCAACUUCAAGCAAACAAAGUCUGGCAAGAAACGUUAAAUAAAGCAAUCCUUUGGCUUGACCAAUGGAAAUCCAGUUUCGUCGACCAUCUCAAAAUUUCUAUUGGUUGGCUCAAGACUGGAAAGAAUAUUCAAGGUCACGUGUCAAGGGAACAAUUAACUUCAGCUGGCAAAAUGCGUCAGGAAAAUAUUUUCAUGGAAUGCCAAUCAGUUACAGUUGAUUUAGAUUUGGAGAGGAGAUCUUCCUCUGUUGAAAAUGUCACUAACAUUGAGGUCAUUAAUUACUUCUGUGAAAUUAAAUUGGAAGAGACAAUGAUGCAGAAGCCGAAAACCCCUGUGAAACCUCUUCAAGAAGGCAUCGACAAAAUAAACUCGAAGAACACAGUUCUUAUGUUACCAUCUGUAAUAAAGCACAAACAUCUUACUCGCUUAGGUGAAACACACUGCAGUAAAUGCAGACCCCACAGAGAAACUACGUUUUAUACAGAUUAUCGAAAGCCGCCUGUCACUUGCAAUGGUUAUCUGCCACAUCAACUAUUCAAGAAGGAAAUCAGCUCAAGAUUCCAUUAUUACACCCCAAAGAUUACCUUAGAGCCAUUUCCUUGUUCUAACGCUGAAUGGGACCCAAAUAUCAAGAAUAAAGUUUUAGUUACUCUUAGACUGUGGCCGAAAUAUUUUAUACCUGCCAUGUCAGUCCUUCCUCCAAUCACUUGA